GAAACCAAACCUUUGAUGCAUGUGUGGCUUAGUUUGAAUUUUUGGAGAAUUAAAAAAAAAAAAUUGAAAAAAAAAAAUAUAGUUCCUUUACGUUGUACUCAGGGGUAGCAAGGUUAUAUCGCUGUCAGUGGCAUAUCUACCAUUGAUCUAUUUUGCAACACUGUGUACAUAUAUAGAAAUACAUGCUGGACACACACUGACUAACAGCACAUACCUACUAGCCGCUCUGUAACCUGUGUCAUACCAAACGAUGUCUAUCCCUCAGGAGGAGCAGAACCGAGGCAAGCCCAACUGGGAACACCUCAACGAGGACCUGCACGUCCUCAUCACAGUGGAGGAUGCACAGAACCGGGCCGAGAUCAAGCUGAAGCGGGCCGUGGAGGAGGUCAACAAACUACUGGUGCCUGCGGCGGAGGGGGAGGACAGCCUGAAGAAGAUGCAGCUGAUGGAGCUGGCCAUCCUCAACGGCACCUAUAGGGACGCCAACAUCAAGUCACCCGCCCUCGCCUUCUCUCUUGCAGCCACUGCCCAGGCCCCACGCCUCAUCACCGGCCCCAACCAAGUGCUGCCCCAGGGGGCCCUGCGCACGCCCACCCCGGCGGGCCCCACCAUCAUGCCCCUGAUUCGACAGAUCCAGACUGUCAUGCCCAACGGAUCGCCUCACCCGGGCGCCACCCUGAUGCCCCAGGGGCCCGAGUCGGGCCUCAUAUACGCCACGCCCUACGAUUACCCCUACACGCUGGCCCCCGCCACCUCCAUCCUGGAGUAUCCCAUCGACUCCAGUGGGGUGUUAGGUGUGGCUUUCCCCACGAGAGGCUAAAAGAGUUUCAAGGAUCCUUACUGAGCCCCUCAUCCGAUCUGAGUGUUAACACACAUGCGCUUUUCGUUUCACAGCUGCCUUUGAAUAAAGAACCCUGGGCCAGGCCUAGCAGUCAGACAGUCAGACAGUCAGACAGACAGACAGUCAGACAGACAGACAGUCAGACAGACAGACAGACAGACAGACAGACAGACAGACAGACAGACAGACAGACAGACAGACAGUCAGACAGACAGACAGACUCAAGUCUCUUUCCCACUACUGACGUUUACACUGGCUUUCCUCCCCCAAAGAGACACAGCUCUUUUUGACAUGCAUGUAUUUGUGUUUGUGUGCAUGUGUGUUCUCUUCACAUACACACGCGCGCGCACACACACGCAAACAUGUUUACAUAUGCAUAUUCUUACCUCCCUGACUGUUUCACUGACUGCUAUGUUUGGGUUUGAGAAGAAGAAAAAACAAUACAAUACUGGUUCGCUUUACUAAUCACUUAAUUCAUUGCCUUUUUCUACUUGUGGUUCUUUGAUAAGAGUUGUUCAUUUUUUACUACUGCAAAUGUGCCUAUGAAGCUUCCAUCUCUGGGCUUUGACCAGGGAGGGAGUGAUCAGUAUUAUAUUUAAAAACGAAAAAAUAACUGGAGAUGCACUUCCUGAUGCGUGACCUGAGAUUAUGUGACUAGUAAAGCUUCCCUCUUUGUUUGUGUGUUUGUGUGUGUGUGCAAAUAUGCCUAAUGUCUGUGAAUCUGUAACAAGGACUAAAGAAACAAUGUAUCCUUAUGGUCAAGGUUACUCCAUAUUCAACGCUACUAAGUCCAAGAUUUCUCCUUGUUAUAAAAAAAAAUAUAAGAGUAUAAUUUGUGCCUUAACAUGUAUUUUCUAAUGAUAUCCUAAUUUGUUAGAUGUGUUUGGUCAUAUAUAUAUAUAUAUAUAUAUAUAUAUAUAUAAUGUAGUAAUAUGAAACCCUGAUUAAUUGACUUAAUGGAAAAUGGUGAAGGAUGACUCAUACCUAAUCCCUGUUGUGGUGAUGUUGUUGCAAUCCGAGCAGGUGCAGUGGCUACUAAAGUUCGAAGGCACGAUAUGCGGGUCCAUCCUUACCAGAGGGUAGUGACCGCAGACAGAGGUUAGUUUAGCUCCUGUGCUUUUGUGUUUAUCAGCCACGCCUGCGCAAUGUCGGUCCUGGUCUGUUUUGCAACAUGUUCACUUUUCUGAAGCUAGUCGUCCCAGGUUUGGGAUUCCCUGCCACAUACGGAAUCCCACCUUCCUAUAAAAAACCUAUCAGUGCAGAACUGGAGUAGUUGCUCCGCGUUUGUAGGGCUAUAAAACUCAAUUUCAAUAAAUAGCGACCAAAACACAGAAAAAAACAAACAAACCUGUUUAUUCAAGUAGAGAUACAAACGGACAUACUUGCAUUUAAGAUGAACAAGCUUCACUUAACUCCAUUAUUUUGAUGACCUUAUGGAUCUGGCAUGAUGUUUAUGAAGAAUAAUGGACAAUCCCUUUACAGAACAGUGUUUCACUUUCCCCCUCUGUUUAAUGAGAAGGUUGCAAUUUAUUGAUGCACUUAAGUCUUCAGCUUUUGAAAGAUGAUUACACAACACCGAUCAGUCAAGAUAGUCCUUUUGUAUUUAUUUGUAUGCAGAAAUUAAGUUCCGAUCAUCAGGCACAUUUUUUGUAAGGGACAAAACUGAAGUGGUUGUAAAACUGUCAUGCCAUAUUUGUUUUUCACUGUCUAAUCAGAUUGUAUUUUCCUCUCCUUUUUAGUCUUUUUGAUUCUAAAUUUCUUUUUAAAAGCCUCUGCCCUACUGAAGUCCCUCAGAACCUUAGUGGGUGUAACGGACCCGUCUGGCUGUAGGCUGGAGCUCGGGCAUUGUGCAUAGUUCACUUUGAAGUUCUCAGCAGAUGGGGAAACAAACACAGGCCAUCAUUAACACAACGGUCAGAGAUUUGACUCGCUAAAUGAUAUACCGCCCCCACACAGAACAAGAGUUGAUCUGGCCAUGUAGUUCCACACAGAAUUAAGUCAAAGCCUUAGCAAAGAUUAUAUCGUUAAGUCGUUUUUGUUUUUUUGAGGAUUUUGUUUUCAUAAACGUAGUAUGGAAUUAAUGUCAAAUGGGUCACUUCUGUCAGUCAGUGCCUGUUCUUCUUCAUCCUUAGACCCCAUUGAUGGAUUCCACAGGUGUGUAGUGUAUAUUCUUCCCACAUAAUGUGUUUCUACAUAUCGACAGCACUUCAUCACAUAUGUAUGUGUACAUGUGUGUAACACGUGAAGGUUUGCAAUGUGCUUGAGAAGUUGUUGUUAUUAUAACAACUCAUGGAAAAUCUAGAACAAUGGAUUUUAGUGAAAUGUACUCAUUUUAGUUGAUAAGAGGUGAGUCAUCAUCUUUUUCAGCUUUAUGAUGAUGAUAUGAUUUCACUAACAUGUAUUACUGUAUCCAUGCACAGUAAUCAUGUUGCACUUUAUAUAUAAUUUGACAUUGCUUGAGCCCUACACCGCAGCACAGAGUAUGAAAACGAAAUGAUACUUAAUGGGGGUUAUCAUCCGCAUAUUUCACAUCCACGUGAGUAAUUGCGUUAUAAUCUGUUCUCACAACACGCAGAUUCGUGUGAUCCUAAAGGGUCUAAGGACAUAGUAGUUUGGGCAUGGUUGAUCAGAAAGUGAUUUCCCUGUGAAACGACUCUAAAACAGUCAAUAAGAAACAACUCUAAUGUUACUUAAGUUACUUAAGAAGUGCAUUUAUAAACAUGAGGGGUUUAUUACUAAAAGGUCAAACCUUAAUACAUAAUGAAGGACAACUAAGUAAUGAAUAGGUAACACUGACAAAAUUAAUGAGAAACAACCAGAUGAAAUUGCACAAAGGCUGGUAUUCAAUCCACGCACAAAUAGAUUUACCCUUACACCAUAAUUAACAGUUUCACACAAUACAAAGUUAAUUAAAAAAAGCUUAACAAAGUUAAGCAAUGAAGAGGUUAAAGUUAUAAUAGACUUGAUAUACAUUUGUUUAAUAGAUAACGUGUGGGGGGGUUAAUCUUGCUGAGGGUGGAUUGAGUGCCUUCCAAACCAUCAACCCUGUGUGUUCGUACAAGUCUGUCUCAUGGUGGCAGGGGAGGAUGCAGGUGUAAGAUGACCUCUGAAAUAUGGGCCUCUUCACCAGGUCAUACCGGCAAGGACGUUAACAUCUAUAGAGGAUCAGUUACACUUCAAUUGGGUCAAAAAGUUGUUUACCGUAGAUUCUUGUUUUGAGAUAUCCUUGACCUAUAUUGCUUUCCAAACGUAGAGAUCGGUGAGGUUUUUUGAUCUCUUGUCAAUCUGGUAAAGAAGCCACACCUCUCCUUUUCCUUUACAUCUGUUGAGUUUUGCUUCAUUUGAAAAGAGAGACUACGGCACAAAUCUUAUUUUGCACUGAACGACAUUUCAAAAGCAUUCUUCAUCUCCUCUGCUCCAGUCAGAAAGAGCAGACAUGUUUAAAAAGUGAAAGCUAUGACAAACCUCAGAUGAUGAAAUGAAAUGAAUACAUGUAUGAUUUAAGCUGAAGAGUCUUAACCAGACCACAGUGUAGUGGACUGAGUGUUCAAGGGUCCACUUUAUGGAUGAGACAAUUGCCAGAGUAUGAAUGCAUUUACGACAAAAUUCCACUUGAGACAUUUUUUUUAUGUUUUACUGUAAGCUUCUUUUUAUUUUUUGUUGUUGCAAAGAAAAUAGUAUUUACUUGUGGCUUCUUGAAAUAUAUAUAAAUAUAUAUAUUAAAAUUAUAAAGCAGGAAUGUAUAUGAAAUGUCAGAUUUUACCUGUAUUUUGCAAAGAAAUAGCGAGGAUAUUCUAGAGGGCUAUUGUAGGAAAGACAAAUAUGCAUCAUAGCAGCUUUAUAGCACCACUUUAGAAAAUUUCCUAUAUUUUUGAAUAUAUUUUAGGGCUUUAUACAAAAGACAGGACCUUUUCAGUGUUUAUAUGCAAGUGCAUUUUAUAUUACGUGUCAUGUGAACUGUCUAUUGUCUCUUAAGCUGAGGGCACCGGCUGAAGGGACAUCUUUAGCAUGCCCAUAGCUUAAACCUUCCAUGGCUAGAAUGCUCUUUAGAAAGAUACCAUGUAGUGUUGCUUUGUAUCAUUAUGGCAAAGAUUUUCCUGUUUGUUGUAAAUAGAAAACAUUGAAAAGGCAAUAAAAAAUUCUAUUGAGUAAAAAAACAA